GAGGCGCGGCGGCCGCGGCUGGGGGCGGGGAGGGGGGAGCAGGACCCCAGGCUGGGGUCCCGGAGCCGGAGGCACGUGUCCCGGGGCGCCAGCGGGGCCGCGUCGGCCCGAAGCACUGCCCGGGCCUGGGCUAGUCCGGGGCCCGGCGCGGCGGGGGCUGCGACUGCUAGGCGGGGGCCAGUUCCCAUCCCCCCAGCAGCAUGGCAUCCUGUGCUGAGCCCUCUGCUGCAGACCCUGAGCCCACUGCCCCGCCGCCUGCUGGGGUCCCACCACUUGAGGACUUCGAGGUGCUGGAUGGGAUGGAAGACGCUGAGGGCGAGGAGGAGGAAGAAGAGGAGGACCUGAGUGAGCUGCCGCCACUUGAGGAUGUGGGGCAGCCCCCACUGGAGGAGGCCGAGCAGCCCGGGGCCCUGGCCCGAGAGUUCCUGGCUGCCAUGGAGCCCGAGCCUGAGCCCGCCCCAGCCCCCGACGAGUGGCUGGACAUCCUGGGGAAUGGGCUGUUGAGGAAGAAGACGCUGGUUCCAGGCCCACCGGGCUCCAGCCGCCCGACCAAGGGCCAGGUGGUCACUGUGCGGCUGCAGACGUCUCUGGAGAAUGGCACGCGAGUACAGGAGGAGCCGGAGCUGGUGUUCACCCUGGGCGACUGCGACGUCAUCCAGGCCCUGGAUCUCAGCGUCCCGCUCAUGGACGUCGGGGAGACGGCGAUGGUCACUGCUGACUCCAAGUACUGCUAUGGCCCCCAGGGCAGCAGGAGCCCAUACAUCCCCCCGCACGCGGCCCUGUGCCUGGAGGUGACUCUGAAGACUGCCGUGGAUGGGCCUGACCUGGAGAUGCUUACGGGGCAGGAGCGUGUGGCCCUGGCCAACCGGAAGCGGGAGUGUGGCAAUGCUCACUAUCAGCGGGCCGACUUCGUGCUGGCUGCCAACUCCUACGACCUCGCCAUCAAGGCCAUUACUUCCAGUGCCAAAGUGGACAUGACAUUCGAGGAGGAGGAGCAGCUCCUGCAGUUGAAGGUGAAGUGUCUGAACAACCUGGCGGCCUCGCAGCUGAAGCUGGAUCACUACCGUGCAGCGCUGCGCUCCUGCAGCCUCGUGCUGGAGCACCAGCCUGACAACAUCAAGGCUCUCUUCCGCAAGGGCAAGGUGCUGGCCCAGCAAGGCGAGUAUAGUGAGGCCAUCCCCAUCUUGAGAGCAGCCCUGAAGCUGGAACCUUCCAACAAGACGAUCCACGCAGAGCUCUCGAAGCUGGUGAAGAAGCAUGCGGCCCAGAGGAGCACGGAGACCGCCCUGUACCGGAAGAUGCUGGGCAACCCCAGCCGGCUGCCUGCCAAGUGUCCUGGCAAGGGUGCCUGGUCCAUCCCAUGGAAGUGGCUGUUUGGGGCAACUGCUGUCGCCUUGGGGGGCGUGGCUCUCUCUGUGGUCAUUGCUGCCAGGAACUGACCGCCCAGGUGGCCACCAUCCCCUCCACUCACCGUGGACCCCCAUCCUGUGCUCCCUAACUCCCCCAGGCUCCCUGUCCACUGCCCUAACUGGCCUAGCCCCCUCCUCUGGGGCGGGGGCAGUGAGGUUUGGGGGUCAUGUGGCCCCACGAGCAGGAGGGACUGAGCCCUAUUGGAGGAAAGCGAGGCAGGGCCCGGACCCCACAUCCAGCCCGGAGCAAGGGGGCCCUCAUUGCUCCAGACCCAAUUCCCACCCCACCCCCGGGGUGAGGUCCCAGCAGGGAUCAGUCCCAGUGUCCUCUUCCCAACAGGCCUGGGGGCAGCCCUCCCCCUGCCCAGCCCCUUUCCAACCUCCAGCCCCUCCUGCCUUGCCUGCUGCCCUCUGUCCAGGCCCCCUCCACCUACACACAGUGAAAUAAAAGCCUCCCACCCCGCUC